GUCCCCUCGAUGGCAAUCAAAUGAACGUCUCUAUUUCCUUCCUCUUUGCGCUGUGAGUGAAGCUGACGGGACAUUCUGCGCGGGGGGAUUCUGUCACGGCAGAGAUGGCGAACUGGGCCGCCAUUGCGGGAUGCUUGGCUGCGAUUAGCAGGCCUGGCUUACUUCUGCCAGACAUUGCCGUCAGAGACAUAAGGGCGCUGGAUUGGAGGGCUCUGUACAAUUCUGGUGUACGAGGUGUUGUGUUUGACAAAGACAACUGCUUGACGAAGCCCUUUCGCGGGCGACUUGUGCCCGAGCUCGAAGAGAGCUUUGCCCAAUGUCAAGGCACGUUCGGAAAGUCGAAUGUGCUUAUCGUGUCUAACUCGGCUGGCUCCUAUCAGGAUCCACUUGGGAUACGAGCCGCAGAGGUGUCAGUCAACCUGGGAGGGACAGCCGUCUUGUAUCACAAGGCCAAAAAACCCUCGAUUCACUGCGCUCGCCAAGUCAUCUCGUAUUUCCAUGAGCGCUCUGUUCUGGGCAGCAUUCUGGUCGUCGGCGACCGCCCAACGACGGAUGUCAUUCUCAGUCAUCGCAUCAGCGACUCUCUUGCGAAACUUCGCCGGACCACGAACCAAAGCAAGCACCAACCCCCUGGGGGUUUGACGCUUUCGGCGGGUAUGCAACUCUGUUCUGGGACGUCCGAUCUUUCUUCCGAGAGCAUGCACCGUGGCUAUGCAAGAGGGGUCGCGGUGCUCACGACUGGUUUGUGGGAGAAUGAAGGCAGGAUCAACUCCCUGAUUCGAUGCCUGGAAAACGCCAUCCUCCGCGUUCUCGUCCGGAGACGCCUUGAGCCGGGAGGUGGUUGGAGGCGCUCCGCGCCUAGGCCAGUCAUGGAAGCUCUCUCCAUUGAUGGACCUUCAAUAGGGUUUGUUGAUGCUCAUUCCUCCAGAUGGCAGCUCAUUGCGACAAGGCACAGUCAACCAUCGCGACAGCAUGGCAACGACACGCUGCCAUCAUCCGCAGAGGCGUCCGACGAUCAGUUUCCCUUUUCCCAUGCGGCAAAGCCGCACCAGGCAACCGAUCCACAAGUCUCCGAUUUGAUUCGUACCUGUCUUCCGGCACUUUUCUCAGCAACUCAAUUCCUCGCAUCAUGGCGCCCCAUUUUGUGGGUAGACCGGAAUUUUCGCGAGGGCGUGCGCAUCGUCUGGCUUGGCCUCGUGGAGGGACUACUGCAGGCUGGAAUUUGGAAACCUAGGCGGCCUAGCGAUUUACCUGAGGAUGGCAGCGACAAUAGAAAUGACGCUCGAUUAGCGCCACGGACCAUACAGCGCUCGCCAGAUCUUCCGUUCUUUGCAAACACGACACGUAGGCCAACUUCUCUCUUGGCAUCAGGCAGGGGCCACACUACGGUGUCGGACGUGUUCGACAGGCGGCUGUUCGCUACAAUAGCGCGCAGGUCCUACUCAUCCUCUCCCUCUCUGUCCUCUGGCCCUGGGCCGAGUGGCAACCAGAAGCAGAAAAUCCGUGGGCGCGUGCCGCUCCGAAACUGGAUUGCGGCAUUGUCCGCACUUGUCAUCGCUCCGACGGGCUACAUGUUUGGUGCUUGGCUGCACGAGCUGCAAGAGGAGAAGGAAGCGGCUAAGGAAGCGGACUUGACCGCGGCAGCAUCGUUGAAACCGGCAGAUGAAGAGGCUAAACGAACAGGGAGCAGCGCCCGCCGUGAGGCCGAGGAAGCGAGACAAAGCAUCCUCUUGUCCAAAUACCAUCUGGAGCGGGAGAAGAGAGAAUUGCGUGACAAGAUUGCCAACCUGCAGGGCCGUCAGUCUCCAUGAGCGCUAAAGCAGACCCCAUGCGCUCUACGUCGGGCACCCCGCCUUCAACGGUGCAGGUGUACUUUCGGGUCGGCCAUCUCCUCGGGCUCCUGCAUGCGUGCAGGACUCGCUUUACGGAUGCGGCCUCUGUGCGUCUUCGAUCGGCGCAUAUUGAACGUGCCAACGGUGUACAAGGGUAUGUAAUGUAAGCGCCUCGUCGGUGUUCUCUAGCUGUGUGAUGAGGAGGCCAAUGAACUGUUUAUGUAGAUGAGCCCGAGUGGUUCGAUAGGAAGG